GAUGGGCUUGGCAUCAGUUGCCUUGCACAAUCAGUUUCACUUGUCUCAAACCAUCGACGGAGAAACACAUUGAACCACAGCAGCGUGCUGCGCAUAUCAUCACCUUUUCUCCUGCAGGUUUGGACCAUCCAUCAUGUCUGUUGUCACAUCCAGUCUGUCUAAGGAACAGCAGAAGAAGCUGCUCUCUCUCUUCAGCCAUCCCAGACUCCACCUGCUCUACAAAGCUACCGUCCACGGCUUCACUGCUGCUGCUUUCCACAGCCGCUGUGACCAACAGGGCCCCACUGUCAUUGUCGCUUACAGCGCUGCUGGGUUUGUCUUCGGGGCAUAUACCUCUAAAGACUACACCCAGAAUGGACAGGCCAUCAUGGACAAGGAGGCCUUCCUCUAUAGCAUCCCUGCUGAGGGAGACAAACCAUUGAGGGUGGCAGGUAUCAGUGGACAGUGUGCCUUUACGGAUGGAGCCACCGGUCCAAAUUAUGGUGCUUUGGUGUUCCUGCAUGGAGACAAGGCUGAGUUUCAGUCCAACCCAGGGACAAGCUUCAACUUUCAGGCUGCAGAGAUGCAUGGAAAUGACUUGAAUCUGACUGAGUUUGAAGUCUAUCGAGUUGAAAAUUUGGGAGAUCUCCUACCCAAACCCUGGAGGAACAUCCAGUGGACUGCUGAGAGAAAGCAGCAGUUGAUGAAAACCAUUCAGAGCUACAAGUCCGAGAUUAAAACAGUCCAUCAAGCCCGGGUGUUGUUGGUGGGACCCGUCGGGGCCGGCAAAUCCAGCUUCUUUAACUCCAUCAACUCAGCGUUUCGAGGAAACAUGACAUGCCAGGCCAUCGCUGGUACAGGAGACAAGAGUGUGACCACUCAGUUCCGUACCUACAACAUCAAGGCAGGGAAAGGUGGUGUACCCCUUCCUCUGAUCCUGUGUGACACAAUGGGGCUGGAGGAAAAGGCUGAUGCUGGUUUGGACAUGGAGGACUUGGUCAGCAUCUACAAGGGUCACGUAAAGGAUCGCUACCAGUUCAGUCCCUCCAAUCCUCUCUUGGCGGACGCUCCUGGCUAUAAGCAGAGAGUGACUCUGAACGACAUGAUUCAUUGUGUGGUUUACGUGAUCGACGCCUGCAAGGUCUCUCUCCUCACAACAAAUAUGUUGGACAAGUUUGCUGCCAUCCGGAAAAAGACCAACCAGCUUGGACUUCCUCAGAUUCUGCUGAUGACUAAAAUAGAUGAGGCCUGUCCGCUGGUGGCAGAAGACCUAAAGAAUGUUUAUCGCAGUGUUUACAUCGAGAAGAAGGCCCGGGAGCUGAGCGAUUCUCUGGGCAUCCCCCUGUCCUGUGUGCUGCCAGUGAAGAACUACAGUGGGGAACUGGACCUGAACCUGGAGACUGACAUACUGCUGUUUUCAGCUGUGCAGCAGAUGCUGAACUACGCUGACAGCUUCUUUGAGAACCAAGUUAUUGAGGACCAAGAUCAGCUGGAUCUCUACAGGUCCAAUGAACAUCUCCGUCCAGUUGGAUCAGAAGAAACAAAGCAUCGAAUUGUCUGAAAGAGGGAACAUCAGCAUCUCCCAAACUUUACUCACAAUAACUAGCUAGUUGAUCAGAUAUAUUAAUGUAAUGCAUGGUACUCUAAACUUUGUAGCUGUUAGUAGCCGAACAACAAACUUCCUGGUGGUAAUCUAUAACCUGUCGGGACACCUUCACUACAUUUUGAGUAAAGUUCGUGUGAUAUGUUCAGACAUGCUGUUUAAUGGACUUUGAAGCAUCAUUUUCAUGGCCAAGAACAAACUUUGCAACUCAACCCUUAGGCCAGCAUGGAUGGGAAGUGCUUAAAGUAUUCCACAUUUCCAUGAAAACUGUGCAAGAUCAUGUGACUUGAUUGAAAGGAGAUUAUUUUGCCAACUUUGAGUUUCAGAUGUCUUGAAACAUUAGCAAACUUAAUAUGCUCCUAUAUUUUGCUAUAAAUCAGAUGGAUUGACUUAAAAAUGGAUUUCUUUUAAUCGAACUUUUAAGAGACUUGCAUGGGAUUUCUGAU